AUGCAAAGUUGCUGCAGUGGAACUCAACGUUUGUGUACAGUUACCGAUUGGUCAAUGUUUGUCUCGAUAAUGAGAGGCUGCCAGGCAGCAGAAUCUGAGCUGUCGGAGUUCCAGGCAAGAAUGCGAGCUGAGGAAGUUGACUUCGCUGCAGAGGUCGAAAUCCUUGGCUCGCGGCGUCGCAGCUUGGAAACAUCGUUAAGGGAGUCCUCUGCCAAUCUGGCCGACACCGAAGCGGAAGUCUCCGCUGCUCGUGCCCAGAGCUUGGGCUUGCGAGCACAGCUGGAGGUCCUACAGGCUGCACGAGACGAGAUUGUCUCUCAGGAGCAGCAGGCCAGUGCCCAACAGCGUGCGGAGGUGGAGCGGCUGGAGGCCAAAGCAGAAUCCUUGGCGGCGGAGGCGCUGGACUUCUCACAGCGACACGAGCAAGCAAAGGCUGCCAUCCAGGAGGUGCAGGAAGCGCAGAUGCACAGGAGCGGCGAAGCCAAGCCACUCGAAGAGGAUGCUCUGGGCUCUGCGCGCCUGGCGGCUGCAGAGCGCUGCCGCCGUGCGCGCGACGAGGUAGCGGAGGCUGAGCAGCGAUUGGGUGAGCGCCUGCGCCGCUUGGGUGCUGUCCGGCAGCAGAAGCUCCACCUUGCACGCGAGCUCGCAUCUGUCCGGGAGUCUACAGGAGCCCCUCCCCGCAAGCCUGCGCGACGUGCAAAAAGUGCUGGCAGCCGGCGAGCGGAGGCCCCAUCGUCCAGGAAGAUGGAAGAGGGGGCAUGGAUGUCUCCUGCUCUGCAGAUGCAUCAAGAGCUGGAGCUGCUUCAGAGGUGGAAGUCUGAUGCGCUCAGUGUCCUGGAACAGAUGCAAGCAGACGUUGCAUCUGCUCAGGACAAGUAUCGUCAGCAGCUGAAGCAUAACCAGACCUUGGAGAGUCGCUUGGAGCGCAUGGGCCUGGAAGCCAAAGCAGUCUUGACGGAACUGCCCCGCUUCGAGAACCCAGGUGCGGCGGUUUCCCUCGGAGGGCCUGCAGAAGCUGUUGGCGGCAGGUUCCGUCUUGCUCCGGAGCUGCCCGAGAAAUCUACGCUAUCGUCGCAUCAUGGAUGGUAG